UCUCCAGGAACCAGCAUGUUCCCUUUGCUUGUUGGGGCUGGCCUGGUGGUUCUGAACCUAGUGACCUCUGCUAGGAGCCAGAAGACGGAACCCCUUAGUGGCUCCGGGGACCAGCCGCUCUUCCGGGGAGCUGAUCGAUAUGACUUUGCCAUCAUGAUCCCUCCAGGAGGCAUAGAAUGCUUUUGGCAAUUUGCCCACCAGACUGGAUACAUUUUUUUCAGUUAUGAGGUUCAGCGGACAUUGGGAAUAUCACAUGACCGGCAUAUUGCUGCCACUGCACAUACCCCUCAAGGUUUUCUCAUUGAAACCUCUCAGAAUAUUCGGGGCCAGAUUAACUUCUAUACCGAAGAGACAGGUUUUUAUCAGCUCUGUCUAAAAAAUCAGCAAAAUCACUUUGGUUCUGUGCAAGUGUACCUAAAUUUUGGAGUCUUCUAUGAGGGGCCUGAGAUGGACCACAAACAGAAGACUGAAAGAAAACAACUGAAUGAUACUCUGGAUGCGAUUGAGGAAAGUACACGAAAGGUACAGAGAAAUAUCUUUCACAUGUGGCGAUACUACAACUUUGCCCGCAUGAGGAAAAUGGCUGACUUUUUCCUUCUCCAAUCAAACUAUAACUAUGUGAACUGGUGGUCGAUAGCCCAGAGCCUUGUUAUUGUUCUUUCUGGGGUCCUGCAGCUGUAUUUCUUGAAGCGUCUCUUCAAUGUCCCAAUGACUACAGACACAAAGAAGCCAAGAUGCUAAGCUAAAAUAACUAGUGCCCUGGAACUCUUCUUCUGGAGGAGAAGCUUAUGAAAGCUUUG